UUGGGGCUUCCUGGCAUGAGGAUGGUAGGUCCGAUGCUAGUGAUACUCAUGGCUUUGAGCUACUGUCUGCAGCGGACUUCGAGCAGGCCUGAGGUCUUGUCAAGAUCCCCAUCCAGACCAGAGUUCACCACUGAAGUAACAAUGAAAUCCCCCCAAAUUUGAGCCCAUAGAAAUUCUGGGAGCAUCAGAUGUCCAACUGAGCAGUGGCAAAAGGUUGCAAGAGCUUGUGAGAGCCUGGCAAGGCCUUGGCAGCGCAGGCAGCUCCAACCAAGCGUGGAAUUGCCCAUCUGUUGCCCCGCCGGCCUGCGUAGCCACGAGCCGUUGCAAGCACGUGGAGCUGUGGCAUCGGCGCCCGCUCUUUCUGCGGAGCACAGACUGUGUUUGCAAGGAUGGGGACGGAGAGCCCGACGUGAGAAACUUCAAACCUAGAAAUCAGAGCUUGUCAGGACAAACUUGCUUGUCUUUAAAGGGAGAUCGGGAGGUGGUGAAAGAUGGUUAAAGCCACACUUGCUUUGUUUAGCAAAAAAGCGUUUGUCACAGAUUUUUCUUUCUUGUUUGCUUGUUUAAUAUGUAUUGAAAUGAGAACUUUGAUCAUUUGAUAAGGGGAUCAGAGGACUGCUGGAUUUUGCUGUUAAGUACCUCUGUUCCUUUUGCUGAAAUGCGAUUUUUGUAGAGCUGUGGUGCUUGAUGAAAUCACAGUGUGAGUCUUUACACUGCCCGUAAUACUCAAAUCAAAGGGGCUUACUUCUCUGCUAAAGGAGUAGUGGAUGGGUUCAGAGCUGCUGUAAUGAAGUAAUGGAGCAACGCUAAAAAUCUGGUAAAACAAUUACUGCAUCUGUGGGAAAGAAACUCUCUGCUUACCCCUUGGUACGAUGCGGGUGUCACCAUUGGAGGGGAGGGAGCGGUUUUAUAAGACUGUGGUCGUGGCUGCCGCAUAAAGAAUCUGCUGUUGUGUCUGAGACGGAAAAAAUAAAGAGCCUGUCUGCCUUUUUUUGGACUGAGGGCAAAAAGCAAAUGACUGUUUUAUGCAUCCUCCUGGUGAGGGCAGUGUCUCUGUCCUGCAAGUUCUUGGCCUUGCCAGUGCUGGUCUCCAUCUGUCUGGUGGUUUUGCGGUAUAGACAAACUUCGCAAAGGGUCAGCAUCAUGUAAUUGCUUUUUUUUCCCUCCCAUAUCCAAAAGAAACCAAGACUGGAAUCCAAGCUUAAAAGAUACAAGCUAGUACAUCAUCUCAGUGUCAUUUAACACCACUGUUGUCUGAAAGUUUCUGGGCUUGGUUUCAAGUGGAAGGCUUGAUCUGGGCCUUUUACUAAAAGGUCCUGGAGAUGAGUUCAGUAUAAAGUGUGGUCACCUCUCCUGUAACACUGCAGAGCUUGACUGAAGAGUAUUUGGCCCUCGCUGGAUGCAGCAGUUCUAAUUAAUAGAUGGCAGUAAUUCUGCAAAGCUGUGUAACUCCAUGGAAGUUGGGAAAGUUACUUCAGCUGAUACCACCUCUGAAUUUGGUCCUGCGUGUUCGUGCACAGCCCAAGAAUUCCUGGAAUCCAGCUGACCUGGGGAAAGCAGACGAUAGCCAAAGGUUGUACUGUGGUAUCGACACAAAACUGAGUUUGGAUGGGCGAGUGGAUCAUCUACUUUCAAGAAGUCACUCACCUCAGAGAUGCCAGGUUCUUCUGGACAGCCGGGCUCACAGACAAUAAAGAAGGGGCAUAGAGGAGUGGAUUCCACAGGGGAGACUACCUAUAAAAAGACAACCUCAUCUGCCUUGAAAGGUGCCAUUCAGCUGGGCAUUACACACACAGUUGGAAGCUUGAGCACCAAACCUGAAAGAGAUGUUCUCAUGCAAGAUUUCUACGUAGUAGAAAGUAUUUUCUUCCCAAGUGAAGGGAGUAACCUGACCCCAGCUCAUCACUACAAUGACUUCCGGUUCAAAACCUAUGCUCCAGUGGCAUUUCGCUAUUUCCGGGAGCUGUUUGGGAUCCGACCGGAUGACUAUCUGUACUCGCUGUGCAAUGAUCCACUCAUUGAACUUUCAAACUCUGGGGCCAGUGGAUCCCUCUUCUACGUAUCCAGCGAUGAUGAGUUUAUCAUCAAAACCGUUCAGCACAAAGAGGCAGAGUUCUUGCAGAAGCUGCUACCUGGCUACUACAUGAACUUGAACCAGAACCCAAGGACGCUGCUGCCAAAGUUCUACGGCUUGUACUGUGUCCAGGCUGGGGGCAAGAACAUCCGCAUUGUCGUGAUGAACAACCUGCUGCCACGCUCUGUGAAAAUGCACCUCAAGUAUGACCUGAAGGGCUCCACUUACAAACGCCGAGCAUCCCAGAAGGAGCGGGAGAAGGUCUUCCCAACCUACAAGGACCUGGAUUUUAUGCAGGAUAUCCCUGAUGGCCUGUUUUUAGACUCUGACAUGUAUAAUGCUUUGUGCAAAACAUUACAGAGAGACUGUUUGGUCCUGCAGAGUUUUAAAAUCAUGGAUUACAGUUUGCUUGUGGCAAUACAUAACAUUGAUCAGGCACAGAGAGAGCACGCGAUGGCAGAUGGGACAUCCCAGACUGAUACACGACGACCAGCUGCCCAGAAGGCCCUCUAUUCCACAGCCAUGGAGUCUAUCCAAGGAGAGGCCCGGCGAGGUGGCACCAUAGAAACUGAUGACCAGAUGGGAGGCAUUCCAGCCCGCAACGCAAAGGGGGAGAGACUGCUUCUGUACAUUGGCAUCAUUGAUGUGUUGCAGUCCUACAGAUUUAUCAAGAAGUUGGAGCACUCUUGGAAAGCCCUUGUACAUGACGGAGACACUGUAUCUGUGCACAGACCCAGCUUCUAUGCGGAAAGGUUCCAAAGGUUCAUGUGCAACACAGCGUUCAAGAAAAUACCAUUAAAGCCUUCUCCUUCUAAGAAGAGCCGGUCUGGCACAACAGUUCCUCGGAGGAGCUGUCAAGGAGGAGCGCCUUCCCUGUCACACAUGUCAUACGAGACAAAAGCACAAGUAACAACAGAGGUGGAUGUGGAACAAGGUUCCCACCUUGGUCGUCCAGAUCUCCUGCCCAGGACGCUGCCGGUAGACGAAGCUAACAGCGACUCUGUCGCAACGACCCUGUCCACCUCUUCCUUGGGCAGCGGAGGCCUCAACUCGCCUGCAAAUAGCGGUUCCCCAGGGCCUUCCAUACCAGAGCGCUCCUCAGAACUGAGAGAACAGUUUGAAGACCUGCAAGAGACAGAGAUAAGCUUUUGAAGCAACACCAAGACAGUUGCGAUGGAAGAAGAUUGUUCUGUGCUCUGCGUGGUCUGUGGAGUCUGACAAACAUUCAGCCCCUGUUGCUGAUUUAUUUUAUUUUAUUAGAAAUCUUACCUGGACAGAAACCUAGAAGCUGGAAGGCUGGGCUACACUUAGCGGGAUAGUAUUAACAAAGACCGAGUCAGCCCAGCUGAGCCUCAGAUGCCUGGAAGUCUCCUUACAGCGGAGCCCUCAAGGUGUGACUGUGUAUCUGUGCUGUCCUCCUUUCUCCGAAGCCUGUUGGGAGCAAAGCAGGCUGUUGAGAGGAGGAGGAAAUCCUCUGCAUGGGCUCAAGUUCCCUGGAAAAGGGAUUGAUCUGACUUUCAGGGAGUUAGCAGCUUAUGAUGCCAGCAUCACAAAUCUGGCCAGAAUGGGCAACUCUUCAGAGUCCUGGGGGGAAAUGGGCAUUAAAGCCUUGUCGGGGCGGUUUGCGACAGAGCAAUGUGGUUUUAUUUUGUAUUUUAAAAUGAGUUUUUAAUUUAAGUGUUCCUUUGAAUUCAGUCAUAUCAACUUCUUUUUAGUCCUGCAAUAUAGUCACUUUUUUUUAAUAAAUAGGCUUCUCAGUGUUCCACCAAAAAGUAUCUCAUUUGAGAGAGGCAGAAGGGGGGAGUGGAAGCUAUAUUGACCACAGAUGAGCUUUUUCUUCCCUCCGCCAGCCAUUCUUGGUUUCAGGAUUCUCAACCUUGCAUUGUCCUGAGACAGCGACGUGGAGAGCUAGGUGCUUCAUCGUGGCGUGUUCCUCAGAGGACUUUGAAUGUGCGAAGCUUUUAAUAUGUCAGGGAGGUUUUGGAUUGCUUUGUCCCCUGUUUUUUAGACUAAUCUUUUGUCCCUUCCCCACAAAGGAGAGAUCUUUGUAAGGGGCACACUUCUUUUAAGCCUUCAGUAUUUCUUAAGCAAAUGGACCAAACCUAGCCUGCUCGGUUCCCUUCCCCCUGCCCUCCACUCUGCUGUUACAUCCUUUUGUGGACACUACUUGCAAAAAACCUCGCAGUUUUUAUAGCUCGGCUCCCUUUUGAUAACUCCACUUGUAUCUUAGCCAGCAUUGUGGAGCCGUGUUUGACACCAGUGCUCUCGAUGGCUUGAAAUUGAGAUUCCUACAUAACUGGCUGCCUGUUCCAUGCGUUGCGGCAGAUUUUUGCCUCUGCAAAAGCAUGGUGCACCUCGAGCUCGAGGACGCUGAGGGCUCGUGUCUGAUUUAAAAAAAACAAAAACCUGAAAGGAGGCAUCGUUCUAUUGUUGCCAUUUCCGUUGUGUGUGCACAAGGCUGGGGUGAUGCCUCGCAGACACUGGCUGCAGACACUUAUCUAGAGAUCUCAGAGCAAAUGUUGGCCUGAUCUUUAUUUUCACUAAAUGCUUUUUUAAGAAAUGAAGUGACUUCCCCAUAUUCCCAGUGGGUUAGAAUCCUCCAUCCUCUUUUUUUGUAUAUAAAAAAAAAAAUAAUUAAAAAAUGUUUGCCCUUGCAAUAGUGCAAGGGAUUUCUAUACUAAUUAGCAAUGAUUGCUAAGGAAACAAAGAAUGUAGUGGUGUAGAAGGGGAUUUUUUUAGUUGAUGUUUCAGAGCCAAGUCUCUUCCCACCUUCCACUUCAAGCUUUUAAAGUGGAUGUGACAAGCUGAUAUUUUUUAAGAAAAAAAUUUUUUUUGAAGACCAAGUGGAACGGCCUUACUCCGGUUGUCCGGAUCCAAAGGGGUUUGGUGGAGUGUGAGAACAGUCUCUGUUCAGUGACUGGCUGUCUGGUUCUCAAGGGCUCUCAAACCUUUAAACACCAAUUAAUGUCACCACAAGACCUGUGAUUGGAAGGAAGAUCAGCUUGGGGACAACUGGAAACAUCUCUGGUGGAUCUUCCCUUCUCCCUCCCCUUUACCUCUGACUCUAUCCAGCAGGUUACACUUUAUAGCUGAAGUAACUGUCUAUAUUAGACACUUUCUUAUCUUCCCUCCUAACUCAUAUUUUGUUUUUUGUUUUUUUUUACCAGGAGGAAAGAAAACCAAGUCUCAAUUUUUUUCAUGAUUUACUAUUUAUGAAGUUGUAUUUAAGUGUUUUAUUCUGGGGAUAGUUAUUCAGUGAGUAGGGAAACGGGGGUGGGGGGUGGCAUUUAUAUAUCAGAGCUAUUGACCUCUGCUUUGUAAUGGUUUUUCAGAACAACUGCUUUAUUUUUUAUUUUUUGGCGCGUUUAAAAGUGGCAGGCAACUAGUUUUAAUGUCUUUUUAAAAAACUCAAGUGGCUUUUCUCCAUCGCGGGGGCUUCAGUUCUCUUGCCGACGGCUUGCUGAGUCGGGUAGGAAUAAGGAGCAGCUGAAACGUCGCGCCCGGCUCCUGGGUGCAAUGAUCUCCCGCUACGGUCCCCAGCACCCCCGGACAGAAACGCUGGGUGAAGGGAUGGAGAGCUGAGGGAGGCCAGACCUUUUUGUUGUUUUUGUUUCCUGCUCCGUGUUGACGACACUUUGAUUCCACGCAGCAGGAUCUGUUGCUUCUUUCUCAGUUCAGCAGGGAGGGAUCUGCCCUGUCCAGCGCAUCCACGUGGAACAACUCGUGUCGUGAAUAUUGUCAUUUUAACUGUGUAAUGUUUUUUGCCACCAUCCGCUGUUAAAAUGGAUAUUGAAAAACAAAGCUGUCUCUUCUCAGCCCGUCUUGCACAGAGAUGCAAUAUACAGUAUGCUACUAAACCCACAAAA